AUAUAUUACUUACUCUGUUUCAUUUUCCUAUGUGUUGUUCUGAUUUAUUUUUCUCCUAAAAAGUUGGAGAUGUUCAUAUUAGUUUGCAGAGUUUUUCUCUCUCAUCUAUGAUAAUGGGAUCAAGAAAUGGAGUACAAGUAGUGAUGAAAAUUGCUUUGGUUUUCUUGUUGGUGAGUUCAAGCUGGAUUUUCCCAGAAACUUUGGGACAGGAAAUUCCAUCAUCAAACUCUCUACUACAAGAUGGGAGGGAUUUUGUGCAGAAAAAUGAUGGGUUGGAAGCAAUCAAAGAAGAAGAUGAUACAGUUAGAGUUGAUCCUUUGAAUCAUUUCCAUAAGUAUAGAAGUGGAUAUAACAUCACCAACAAACACUACUGGAGUUCAACAGUUUUCACAGGAGCUGCAGGGUAUGGGAUUGGAGUGGUAUGGCUUGUGUGUGGAAUAGCAUAUGGAGGAUUUUUGGUAGUAGCAACUCUAUGUUGUGGAAAGGGAAGUAGGGGAAAGCCAAAGCUAAAGAAAAUGCCACAUCUUGGCCAGGAAUUCUACCUAUGGACCAUUCUUUUGGCUGCUUUCUUCACCAUUUUGGCAAUUGUGGGAUGUGGAGUGGUGAUUGGAGGAAGCACUAGAUUUGAUAAAGAGGCAAAAAAUGUAGUGAAGAUCAUCAUAGAGACAGCCAAUGGAGCAUCAAACACAAUUCAAAACACAACUUCAGCUAUGAAAGACAUGAUUUCUAACCUAGAAGCUUCAAGAACAACUGGAAGAAGUUAUAGUAUUCAAGAAACCUCCGGAACUUUGACUUCUACUUCUCACAAUCUUGAUGCUCAAGCUGCAAAUAUUCAAUGGCAAGCCAAUAAGAACAGGCUUUUGAUACACAAAGGCCUCAACAUCGUGUACAUAGUGACUAUGGUUACAAUGUCUUUGAACUUGGGAGCUGUAGUUGCCAUGGCUGUAUUUGGGAUUCUCAGAUUACAAAGAUUAUUUCACCUUUUCAUUCUUCUUUGUUGGAUUCUCACAGUUCUGUGUUGGAUCUUCUUUGGCUUGUACCUUUUCUUGAACAAUUUCUCAAGUGACACUUGCAAAGCUCUUGAGAUGUUCCAAGAAAAUCCCAACAAUAACAGCCUAAGUUCUAUUCUCCCAUGUGAGCAACUUCUAACUGCAAAAUCAGUUCUCACUGAUGUAAGUUCAGAGAUUUAUGAUCUUGUUAAUCAGGUUAACACACAAAUUGCUAUAUCAUAUCCAGACAUUGCUUUGGUUUGUAAUCCUUUCUCACAACCUCCUUAUUAUGAAUACCAACCUCAAAACUGUGCAGCAAACACCAUCCGUAUUGGAGACAUCCCCAAGGUACUAAAACUACUUACGUGUGCUGAUGAAAGCAACGGAGGGUGUGAGAAUGGGCAAUUCAUGUCAAACUUUGAGUACAGAACAGUGGAAGCUUACACAAACUCAAUACAAGAUUUUCUCAAUGUAUAUCCAGGAAUGGAAAACCUUGUGGAAUGUCAAACAGUGAAAGAUGCAUUUUCAAAAAUCUUAGAACAUCAUUGCAAGCCUUUGGAGAAAUAUGCCUAUAUGGUUUGGGUAGGGUUGGUUUUUGUUUCAAUUGUUAUGGUGUGUUUGGUCUUGAUUUGGACAAUUAGAGCCAACAUUGACCAAAAACUCCACCAUUUCGAUGGAUCAGUUCAACCCAAUUCUUCAACUCCUAAGAUGAUGGAGAUGGCUAAUCAUUGACGUUUUAUAGAGCUCUUACAUCUCGUAAUUGGUUUAGGAUAGAAUCAAUCAGUGAUCCCGAGAAUCUGCGUAAGCGAGCUUUGGGUAUGGCUAGGUUUAGAUGCAAAACGUGGCUGUAUUUUGUAUAUAUAUAUAGGAUAAGUUUUACACAAUAAUAUUGCCAAUGUAUGUAGUUGGUUUCGGUU